UAUUGUUUAGCCUAAAGUGCAGACCAGGGUAGGUGACUAUUUAUUCAAAAUCCAUCCAUUAAGAGCAUUGGCAUUGGCUUCAUCAAAAGCCAAUGCAAAUGCAUAAAUUGAUGAACGUGUGAGAAAUACCGCUGCAUUGGUCUCGGCAAACAUAAAAUCUGAAGUUUUGACCUACAGUAAUUCUUCCGUUUCCUUUAAAUUUAAAGGAGCACUGCACAUUCAUCUUUAGCUUAUUUUAUUCCAUUUUUAAUGCCCAACCGAUGGUUUUAUUUUCCCUCUCUCUUCCCUCUCUCCUUUUUCCUCCCCGCGUUUUCUCUCCCCCAUGCCUCUCUUUUUCAUUUUUCACCAUCAACGGAAACGAAAUCUCUCGGAUUCUUCACGCAGAACCGAUUUUAUCAGACCUCUGUCUCGGCAAACCAGCCCUGAGGUCCUUGCCCAUUUCUGCCACCGUCGCUGACGCUUUGGUGGCCUUGAAAAAUACCGACGACAACUUCAUCAGCGUAUGGGACUGCGUCGAUCACUCGGCCAAGGUUGAGUUUGGUCACGACAACGUCGGCGUUGGCUGUGAGUGCCGUUGCGUUGGCAAGGUGUGCAUGGUGGAUGUGAUAUGCUAUCUUUGCAGGGAUGAGAAUCUGUUGUCUCCUUCUGCUGCCCUGAAGGCGCCUGUUUCUGCAAUCUUGCCAAAGAUUCCUGGACUCGUGAGGCAUCUGGAGCCAUCUUCGAGAUUGUGGGAAGCCAUCAAUCUGAUUCUGCAAGGAGCCCAGAACCUUGUGGUACUGAUACAAACCAAACUAAGCAGCUAUUCAAGAAGAAAACAGCUCCAAAAACCCUCGACCACCGGCCCUACUACCAUCCACAACGGCCGCAAAUUCUACUGGUUGACUCAAGAGGACGUGAUCCGGUUCCUUCUCGGCUCCAUCGGGCUCUUCUCCCCGCUCCCGGUGCUCUCUGUUGACACUCUUGGCAUUAUCACCACCGACAUCUUAGCCAUUGACUAUUAUUCCCCUGCCUCUUCGGCAAUUGGAGCUAUAUCCCGCUCUCUCUGUGAGCAGACUUCAGUGGCUGAUUCUGGGAUAUGGCUAAGGAGGUUUUGGACUUAUGGAAAACAUGCACUUUUCAUCCAAUUUUAAAGAUGGCUUUGAUGAAGCCAAUGCCAAUGCUCUAACCGCAAUGCAGGCAUCACGUGGAUGAGGCUCUAGAUGAUCAUGAUGAAUCAAUUAAGGUGAAUGAUAGAGAUACGCGUGGCCAAUAAAUUGAUUAGGCCUUGACUUGCAUAAGAUGGACCAAUUAAAUGUAUCGAAGAUCAAUACCUCUCAUAUUGUAAAUUAUGAUAUGCAUGAUAAUUUAUAGACAACAAGUUACCAUUCAAACAAUUCAGAAUAUUAAGUUUUAGCUACAUGAUAAUAUAUGUCUACACAAGAUGAAUUAA